GAUCUCCACACAGAGACAGACAGUAUCAGGCUUCGUCUCAUUCUCCUUCUCGAUCUCUCCUUUUACACUCCCCAUCCCAAUUCCCAAAACCCUAAUUUUUGGAUUGGGGUUCUUCAAAAUCUCAUCCACAUAAUUGGAUUCAGUUCUUCGAUCCUGAAUCGGUUGUAAUUUUGUGCAAGGGAAUAGUCAAGUAUUCGCAGAGUGAGCUCAUAUGAAAUCGCGAGCGCGGCAGUGUCUGCUGGUUUGUUUGCUCUGUCUUACCUUAACGAAUCCCUCCUAUGGAGAAAACAAGUUCAGAGAGCGUAAAGCCACCGACGACGAACUGGGCUACCCCGAAAUUGAUGAAGAUGCUUUAUUGAAUACUCAGUGCCCGAAAAAAUUGGAGCUGCGAUGGCAAACUGAAGUCACUUCUAGCGUUUAUGCUACACCCUUGAUUGCUGAUAUUAACAGUGAUGGGAAGCUUGACAUUGUUGUUCCAUCUUUUGUUCACUACCUCGAAGUUCUUGAAGGAGCUGAUGGAGACAAGAUGCCAGGUUGGCCUGCUUUUCACCAGUCAAAUGUGCAUUCGAGUCCUCUUCUAUUCGAUAUCGACAAAGAUGGUGUUAGAGAAAUUGCUCUGGCUACCUACAAUGGCGAAGUGCUAUUUUUCAGGGUAUCAGGCUUUCUGAUGUCAGAUAAGUUAGAAGUGCCACGUAGAAAAGUGCACAAGAACUGGCAUGUGGGACUGAAUCCUGACCCUGUUGACCGUUCACAUCCUGAUGUCCAUGAUGAUGAGCUUGUAAAGGAAGCUAUGUCAUUAAAAUCAUUGACCACUCAAACAAAUGCAACUACUACAACACCAAAUGUUACAGUCUCGAUGUCCAAAGAAAUUCAUGGUGGCGAUUCUAACUUGACAUCUCAAGAGGAUCAAAAGAAACCCGAGAAUAACCAAACAGAAGCUGUCGUAAAACCUACUCCAGAGCUACAUAAUUCCUCCAUGGAUCCUGGAGCAAAUAACGCGGCAGCAAAUGAUACUACAGCUGGCUCAGCAGAAAAGCUCAAUGGAAAUGUAACCACCAAUGAGGUGGAUCAAAGAAAAGUUAGUGAAGAUAAGAAUGAAACUGUUAUUAAAUUAAAUACUACUAAGGAUAACUCCACAGAAACUCUGGGGACAUCUGGAAACAGUAGUAAGACAGAGACAGUAACCAAAAGUGGGAGGCGACUUCUCGAAGAUGAUGGGUCUAAAGAAUCUGCUGACGGCCAUUCAGACAAUAAAGACCUCAAUGAGGGUAUUCACAUGGCCACAGCUGAAAAUGAUGGUGGCCUAGAAGCUGAAGCAGAUUCAUCAUUUGAGUUGUUGCGUGAUAAUGAGGAGCUAGGUGAUGAAUACAGCUAUGAUUAUGAUGAUUAUGUUGAUGAGAAAAUGUGGGGUGACGAGGAAUGGGUCGAGGGGCAACACGAGAAUUCAGAGGAUUAUGUGAAUAUUGACGCUCAUAUACUGUGCACUCCUGUAAUUGCUGACAUAGACAAAGAUGGGGUACAGGAGAUGGUUGUUGCUGUUUCCUAUUUCUUCGAUCCUGAGUACUAUGAUAAUCCAGAACAUCUAAAAGAGCUUGGUGGUAUUGACAUAAAAAAUUAUAUUGCUAGUUCAAUUGUGGUUUUCAAUCUUGAAACUAAACAAGUCAAGUGGAUCAAAGAGCUAGAUUUGAGUACGGAUAAAGCAAACUUCCGGGCUUAUAUUUAUUCUUCCCCAACGGUUGUUGAUUUGGAUGGUGAUGGUUACUUGGAUAUUCUUGUCGGAACUUCCUUUGGCUUGUUCUACGCCAUGGAUCAUCGUGGAAAUAUCAGAGAAAAAUUCCCACUUGAAAUGGCUGAAAUCCAAGGGGCAGUGGUUGCAGCAGACAUAAAUGAUGAUGGAAAGAUUGAACUAGUAACUACUGAUUCACACGGAAAUAUAGCAGCAUGGACCACACAAGGAGUGGAAAUUUGGGAAGCACAUCUAAAGAGUCUUGUUCCCCAGGGUCCUUCUAUCGGCGAUGUUGAUGGUGACGGACACACAGACGUUGUGGUUCCUACAUCAUCAGGAAACAUAUAUGUUCUUAGCGGCAAAGAUGGUUCGAUAAUCCGUCCUUACCCAUACAGAACUCAUGGAAGAGUGAUGAACCAACUUCUUCUUGUCGAUCUAAACAAGCGAGGUGAGAAAAAGAAGGGUCUCACCAUCGUUACUACAUCCUUUGAUGGUUACUUGUAUCUCAUAGAUGGACCCACCUCGUGCACUGACGUUGUUGAUAUUGGUGAAACUUCAUACAGUAUGGUCUUGGCUGAUAAUGUUGACGGUGGAGAUGAUCUUGAUCUUGUUGUCUCAACUAUGAAUGGAAACGUCUUUUGCUUCUCAACACCUUCUCCUCACCAUCCCCUUAAGGCUUGGCGAUCUACUGAUCAAGGAAGGAACAACAAGGCCAAUCGUUAUGAUCGUGAAGGCGUUUUUGUCACACAUUCGACCAGAGGUUUCCGUGAUGAGGAAGGGAAAAACUUCUGGGCUGAGAUCGAGAUCGUUGAUAAAUAUAGAUACCCAUCUGGUUCACAAGCACCCUACAACGUUACUACGACGCUGCUGGUUCCAGGCAAUUACCAAGGAGAUAGGAGGAUAACACAGAGCCAGAUCUAUGACCGCCCUGGAAAAUACCGGAUAAAACUACCAACAGUCGGAGUGAGAACAACAGGAACAGUAAUGGUGGAGAUGGUAGAUAAGAAUGGAGUCCAUUUCUCAGACGAAUUCUCACUAACUUUCCAUAUGUAUUACUACAAGCUUCUGAAAUGGCUUCUUGUCCUCCCUAUGCUCGGGAUGUUUGGUCUGCUCAUGAUUCUACGGCCUCAAGAAGCGGUGCCCCUCCCGUCAUUUUCCCGCAACACAGACUUAUGAUGUUAGGGUACCAUCUGGUAAACCGGAUGUACACAUCCUCAUAGAGCUCAUCUAAAGAAUCCAGGGACAGUUUGGUGCUAGAGUUUUCAGGUUCUGUAUCUUUUGAAAAUCUGUAAUUCUGACUUUAGAGUUAGAUCAACUCUCCUCGGAGUUUAUAAAGUUAAUGCAGUACUAAUGUGUCCAGGAAUCCAUUUUUGAACAAAGAAGAUACAAAAGAUCAA